AUGCUUUCUCUUCCAACAGAAGUUCAACUUGAUGUAUUAAAAUGUCUCGAUUUCAACCAAUUAUUUGAUAUUAAACAAACAAAUUUUUACUUUUGCAAUUUAAUUAAUAAAUAUGAGGGGGAAUUGGCACGACAGGAAUUUAUUCAAAUAGCAUUAGUUGACCAUUACAUGCUUGUAGGGUUACAUCCAUCUGAAUUUAUUGAACCUGAAUCUGGAAUUUUUGAAUUUACUUUGCUUGAUCAACUUAAAAAUAAGUGGCAGGCAGCGAUAGACAAAUCGAUUCCUUUUCAGUGGCAGGCAGCGAUAGACAAAUCGAUUCCGUUGUUUCUACAUUAUUUUGAACCUAACAGAGAAUGUAUUUGUAUUGCUAUAGGUUGUGAACGAAAAAUGCCAUUCUGUUUUAAAAUUGCCAAUCAUUCCGAAAAAUAUUAAAGAAAUGAUUAUUGUUCGUUGUUGGUUGGAAAAACUUUUUAAUUGUGCUUUUGGAUAUGCUUCUUUCUAUAAAAACAUAUUUAACCCAGAAAUGAUCAAUAUAUUAUUUGAUAACGACAAAACAAUCCCUCUUCAGUUUAACAUUAAAAGAGUUAUUCUACAGAGCAAUUAUACUGUCACUAAAAUAUUUGAAAGUGCUUUGAAAUUUUCUUUAAAUCAUUUAUCAAUUUCUGAGUCUCUUAGCAUCAAUCUGGAUGCUGCAACUUCAGAGCAAUAUACUGAUAUUUUAUUCAAUACUUUAAUAAAUGAGG